AUGGCAUUGCCUAAUGGUGAUAUUGGAGACGAAACUAGGGAAGUUCUGGCUGCUCAGGCACACAUAUGGAACCAUACAUUCAACUUCAUCAGUACCAUGUCACUCAAAUGUGCAAUUCAGCUUGAUGAAAAAGAGGGUUAUUUACUUACUCCGUCUUCACGUCUUCUCUUUAAAGAUGAGACUAACAAUUUGAGCAUGAUCCCUUUUAUUCAAAUGAUCCUUGAUCCAGUUAUGAUGGAUCCAUGGCACGAUCUCAGCCAGUGGAUCCAGUAUGGGGGCGAUGAUCAGCCUUCUCCAUUUGCCACCACUCACGAUCUCAGCGAGUGA